AUGAUUGUAUUUAGUUUCAUUAGUAAUAUUACUGCUGAUGUACCAACUCGACAGCAAUUUGAAAAUUUGCCAGACUUUCUCUUGGAAGAAGUUAUACUGGAUAGUUACAUUAAUUCAUUGUCAACACUCCCAGAAGAUUUUUUAUUCUUGACAAAUGUAUUAGAUCCUAUUAUGGUACCUGAACGAGAUAUCAGUUUUUCUUUAUUCACUAGAAAAAAUCCAAGCGAGCCUCUAAUGCUUAAACUCGACGACAUUAUAAGCUUAAGAAAUUCAAAUUUUAUCACUCUUGGUAUAACAAAAAUAAUCAUUCAUGGCUGGACCGAUAAUGGAAAUAGUUCUUGGAUACAAGAUAUCCGUCGAAAUUAUUUAUUAAUGGGAAAUUAUAAUAUUAUUGUUGUCGAUUGGUCAGCAGGAUCUUUAAAAGAAUAUUUAGUUUCUGCAAGCUUAACAAAACAAGUUGGUGACUAUGUUUCUCAAUUCAUGGGAUUCCUCCUGAUGGAAGGUGUUUUAUCUUUAGACAAUAUUCAUGUAUUAGGUCAUAGUCUCGGAGCACAUAUUGCAGGUGCGAUAGGUAGGAAUUUAUCAGGGAAAAUGGCUCGGAUUACUGGCAUGGAUCCGGCAAGGCCAGAUUUUGAAGCACCUGUAUUAAAAGACUUGAAUGAUCGCUUAGAUCUAACCGAUGCAAAAUUUGUCGAUGUCAUUCAUACAUGUGCUGGAACAGCUGGAUUCAUCCGACCAAUUGGUCACGUUGAUUUUUAUCCGAAUGGCGGAAGCUUUCGACAACCUGGAUGCCCUGUACUAUUAACUCAAUAUUGUAGUCAUGCGAGAUCUCAUCAAUAUAUGGGAGAAUCCAUAAUCAAUCCUGCAGGUUUUCCUGCCCUUGAAUGUAAUGGAUGGAUGGAGUUCAAAUCUGGUAAAUGCGAUAAGAAUAAAAAUCAAAUAAUUUAUAUGGGAGAAAAAUUGGAAAUGAAUACCAGAGGCAUUUAUUUUCUCGAAACAAAUGUAGAAUCCCCUUAUGGACGAAGCGAAUUGUAAUAGUAAAGAUAUUUCUUU